CCAACAUUCUCCACGCGUGCGCACGGGCAGCCCAUUAUUGUCCAGCGAAACAGCAUACGGGGUGGAGAGAGAUACCUCGAUGCUGCCGUUUGACAAUACGAGAACUACCCCACUACUGUUUUACCGGAUUACCAAAUUGUGUUUAGACGACUAAGGCAGCUUGGAUGGCAGGGCAGCCCCUAUAAAGGAUGACUCUCUGCCCCUCCACCUCCACCUCCACCACUGCUGUAGUGCUACCCCACCUCCUCCUCCUCGGCCUCCUCAGCUGCUGAGUCCCCCUCCCCUCCCCUCCUCUCCCCAUGCCACCACACCCCUCAGUGGCCUUGCUGCCCGCUGCCUCAAGUGUGUGUGCUGCUGCCGCUGUCGCUGUGCUGGAGGAAGAGGAAGCCCGACAACAGCCCCAACGCCACGGCUGCUGCUGAAAAGAGGGAGCGUCCUCCUCAGCUGUCGCUCUCGUGUACACACACACACGCGCACACACACGCACACACAUACACACACACAUACACACACACACACACACACGCACACGCACACACACACACGCAUACACGGAUCACCAUCAUUCAUAUACACACACACACACACAUUUGGAUCACAGACACACACACACACAUGCAUAUGGUGCAUUGUUGUCAUUCCCAGGCUAGCAUCCCGGCGGCUACCCAUCAGGUUAGCAGACUACAGCUACAGCACUCCACAAGGCUCAUGGACUUGGGGAUCUGCAUCAGAGAGGAUAUUAAUAGACGGACUUGACUUGAUUGGACCGUCUGUUUGUGGGUGGCUGGUGUGGGUGUGUGUGAGUGUGGGUGGAUAUGGGGUGUAAGUGAGUGAGUGUGUGUGUGUGACUAUUUUUUUUUCUACAAGGAUCACACAACCACACCUCAACUCAGAGGAAUAGUCAAGUUUUAUUCCCGUUUUUUUUAUACAUACAAUCAUAUUUAUUUGCAGCUCCAAAAUUUAACUCACAACUUUAAACAAAUAAAAAGAACUACAAAUCCAUAAAAAGAAAAAAAAAAACCUACAACUCCCAGCAGCCUCAGCUGGAGCCAGGAGGCCGUGGUCAUGGAGGCCAACAUGGAGUACUGCCUGAGCCAGGUGCUGCAGAAGGACGUGGGCCGUCGGCUGCAGGUGGGCCAGGAGAUCAUCGACUACGUGGCGGACCACGAGAAGAGCCAGGACCUGGAGCAGGACCAGAGCGACCUGGACAAGAUGGUGGACGGCAUCGCCACAUCCUGGGUCAACUCCAGCAACUUCAAGUUGGCCCUGCUUGGAAUGGACAUACUCUCUGCCUUAGUCACCAGACUACAGGACCGCUUCAAGACACAAGUUACAACAGUUCUGCCCAGCCUGAUAGACCGGCUGGGGGAUGCCAAAGACCAGGUGCGGGACCAAGACCAGACCCUACUGCUCAAGAUCAUGGACCAGGCGGCCAACCCACAGUAUGUGUGGGACCGUAUGCAGGGGGGCUUCAAGCAUAAGAACAACCGCACGAGAGAGGGAGUGUGUCUGUGCCUCAUCGCCACCCUCAACGCGUAUGGAGCCCAGGGGCUGACGCUGAGCAAGAUUGUGCCCCACAUAUGCAGCCUCCUAGGGGACCCCACCAGUCAGGUGCGGGAUGCAGCCAUGACGUGUCUGGUUGAGAUCUACAGGCAUGUGGGGGAGCGCGUCAGGACCGACCUCAGCAAGAAGGGCCUUCCACAGUCCAGGUUGAAUGUAAUCUUCAGCAGGUUUGACGAGGUGCAGCGGUCGGGCAACAUGAUUCUGUCCUCGGCCUCAGAUAAGAACUUUGAUGACGAAGACUCUGUGGACGGGGGCCGGUCCUCCUCCUCUUCCUCAUCCAGGGGGCCCAGCAGGAGAACGGGUGCCAUGGGCUCCAUGAGACGACCUAGCUCAGCAUCCUCUAAAGGACCAGGUAAAGAGGGAGCGAGUGCGGGUGCGGUGGAUGAGGAUGACUUCAUCAAAGCCUUCGAGGACGUGCCAGUUGUGCAGAUCUAUUCCAGUAGAGAGCUGGAGGACAAUGUGAAUAAGAUUAAGGAGGUUCUGUCAGAUGAGAAAUGUGACUGGGAGCACAGAGUCACUGCUUUGAAGAAGGUGCGUUCGCUGCUGAUGGCGGGUGCCUUGGAGCAUGACUGCUUUUCACAGCAGCUACGGGCGAUGGAGCCGGCACUCAAGCUCUCCGCUAAGGACCUGAGGUCACAGGUGGUCCGGGAAGCCUGCAUCACACUGGGGCACCUGUCGUACCUGCUGCAGAAUAAGUUUGACCACGGAGCUGAGUCCAUCAUGCCCACACUACUGAACCUGGUGCCCAACAGCGCCAAGGUCAUGGCCACCUCAGGAGUGGCGGCCAUACGCCUCAUACUGCGGCACACACACUACCCUCGCCUCAUCCCCAUCAUCACCAGCAACUGCUCCUCCAAAUCAGUCGCCGUCAGGAGACGUUGCUUUGAGUUCCUUGAGCUCAUGCUGGUGGAAUGGCACACCAACACACUGGAGAAGCAUGUGGCCGUGCUGUCGGAGACGAUCCGCAAGGGCAUCCACGACGCCGACGCAGAGGCUCGCUCCAUCGCCAGGAAGUGUUAUUGGGGUUUCCAUGGCCACUACAGUCGGGAGGCGGAGCAUCUGUACCAGGCUCUGGAGUCGUCCUAUCAGAAGGCUCUGCAGUCCCACCUGAAGGGUUCCGACAGCGUCAUGUCCCUCCCCCAGUCCGACAGGUCCUCCUCCAGCUCCCAGGAGAGCCUAAAUCGGCCAUUCUCUGUGAAGGGAGUCAUGGGAGGCAGCAUGAGCAGGAGUAAAGUGGUGACCUCUCGAGCUCCGGCCACCCCAUCCCUCCAGCGUUCCCGUAGCGAUAUCGAUGUCAACGCGGCGGCCAGCGCCAAGUCCCGCAUGUCCACCGUUCCCCCGGCCACGCCCUUCAGCUCCGCCGCCGCCCUCCCGCCCGGAUCCUACGCCUCAUUGGGCCGCGUGCGUACCAGGAGGCAGAGUUCCGGUACGGUGGGCGGGGGACACGGCACCCCCAGCACCGUCACGGACAGCCGCGGUCGCAGCCGGGCCAAGGUCGUCUCACAGUCGCAGCCCGGUAGUCGUUCCAGCUCUCCCGGGAAGCUCCUGGGCCACUCGUACGGCCGCAUCCCCCGCUCCACCAUCUCCACGGCGACCACGCCCUCCACCGACAAGCGCAACCGCGUCCCACGCAGCCAGGGAUGCAGCCGGGAGACCAGCCCCAGUCGCCUGGGCAUCGCCAGGCUAAAAGCUCUUGUUCCUGCCGCUUCCUCCUACCGCACGCUAGCCCGGACCAGUCGCAUCCCGCGGCCCAGCAUGAGCCAGGGCUGCAGCCGUGACACCAGUCGCGAGAGCAGUCGCGACACCAGCCCCGCGCGGGGCUUCGCCCCUCUGGAUCGCUAUGGCCUACUCCAUCAGGCCCGCAUGUCAGCGUCCAUAAACGCCAUGAGGGUGCUCAACACCGGCACAGAGGUGGAGGCAGCCGUGGCAGACGCACUGAGAGACUCCAGGAAUAAGGUAGCGGCCAUCCCAGGCAGCCCGGCCAUCCCAAGCAGCCCGCGUAAGCCUGUGAGGCGGCGUUUCGAGUCUCCUGGCAUGUACUCGGACGACGACGCCAACAGCGACGCCUCCAGCGCCUGUUCGGAACGCUCGUACGGCUCGUCGCGGAACGGCGGCAUGCCGCACUACCUGCGGCAGAUGGAGGACGUGGCGGAGGUGCUGAACCACUGCGCCUCCUCAAACUGGAGCGAGAGGAAGGAGGGACUACUGGGCCUGCAGAACCUCCUCAAGAGCCAACGCAUACUCAGUCGAGUGGAGCUGAAGAGGCUCUGUGAGAUCUUCACGAGGAUGUUUGCAGAUCCCCACAGCAAGGUGUUCAGCAUGUUCCUGGAGACGCUGGUGGACUUCAUCACGGUGCACAGAGAGGACCUGCAGGACUGGCUCUUCGUGCUGCUCACGCAGCUGCUGAAGAAGAUGGGCGCCGACCUGCUGGGCUCCGUACAGGCCAAGGUGCAGAAGGCCCUGGACGUCACCAGGGAGUCGUUUCCAUUCGAUCAGCAAUUCAACAUCCUCAUGCGAUUCAUCGUGGACCAGACACAAACGCCUAACCUCAAGGUGAAGGUUGCCAUCCUGAAGUACAUCGAGGCCCUGGCGCGACAGAUGGACCCCACAGACUUCGUCAACUCGAGCGAGACGAGGUUAGCCGUCUCUCGCAUCAUCACCUGGACCACGGAACCCAAGAGCUCCGACGUCAGGAAAACCCUCCAUAGUUGGGCCAGCGAGGAGCUCACGGGGCGCCCCAGCACCUCCGCCCUGAUGCCCGGAGAGAGUAACACAGAGGAGAGGUGCAAGCAGGCGGCGCAGGUGGUGCUGAUCGCCCUGUUUGAGCUCAACACCCCCGAGUUCACCAUGCUGCUGGGGGCGCUGCCCAAGACCUUCCAGGACGGAGCCACCAAGCUGCUGCACAACCACCUCAAGAACUCAAGCAACACCGCCGUGGGUUCUCCAAGCAAUACCAUGGGCCGCACGCCCCCCAGGCUUCCCUCCAGCCGCACCAGCCCACUCACCUCCCCCACAAACUGCUCCCACGGUGGCCUCUCCCCCAGCCUGCUGGAGUACGACACUGAGAACAUGAACUCGGAGGAGAUCUACAGCUCACUGCGGGGCGUGACGGAGGCCAUCCAAAGCUUCAGCUACCGCAGCCAGGAGGACCUCAACGACCCCCUGCGCAAGAAGGACGAAGCCAUGGGUCGUGAGGGCGCGUCACCGGGCAGCGGCGACUCUCGUCUGGGAUUGGACGGGGUCGACGGCGGUGGCGGCGGGCGCACGGCGUUGGACAACAAGACAUCGCUGCUGAACACGCCCUCCCCGCGCUCCUUCUGUGUGCCGCGCUCGCGAGAACACGGCCCCUACGGCUACGCAGACACCAUCAGCGCAUACGACAAGAGCGCCCUCAAGGAGGCGGUGUUCGACGACGACGUGGAGCAGUUCCGAGACAGAAGUCGCCAAGACAGCGCUGAGAACAAGAUGGUGCUGCCCAAGGGCUUAGCUCCUGUGGACCACUCUGAGCUGGUUGCGGAGCUCCUUAAGGAGUUGUCCAAUCAUAACGAGCGUGUGGAGGAGCGGCGCGGGGCGCUGGUGGAGCUCCUGAAGAUGACGCGCGAGGACAGCGUAGCCGUCUGGGACGAGCACUUCAAGACCAUACUGCUGCUCCUGCUGGAGACGCUUGGGGACCAGGAUCACACCAUCAGGGCUCUGGCGCUGCGCGUUCUGAAGGAGAUCCUGCGGAACCAGCCGGCCCGCUUCAAGAACUACGCAGAACUCACCAUCAUGAAGACACUGGAGGCGCACAAGGACUCGCACAAGGAGGUGGUGAGGGCGGCAGAAGAGGCAGCGUCCACACUAGCUGGGUCCAUCCACCCAGAGCAGUGCAUCAAGGUGCUGUGCCCCAUCGUGCAGACGGCCGACUAUCCCAUCAACCUGGCGGCCAUCAAGAUGCAGACCAAGGUCAUCGAGCGCAUCGCCAAGGACUCGCUCAUCACCCUGCUGGCCGACAUCAUACCCGGGCUACUGCAGGGCUAUGACAACACAGAGAGCAGUGUGCGCAAGGCGAGUGUCUUCUGCUUGGUGGCCAUCUACUCUGUCAUUGGAGAAGACCUGAAGCCACACCUCGCCCAGCUCACAGGGAGCAAGAUGAAGCUGUUGAAUCUCUACAUCAAGAGGGCCCAGACCACCAACAGCAACAGCAGCAGCUCCUCAGACGUCUCCUCACACUGCUAGCUAGGCCGGGACCUGCGCUAGCACACACACACACACACACACACACACACACACCUGACUAGCUAGGCCGGGACCUGCGCUAGCACACACACACACACACACACACACACACACACACACACACACACACACACACACACACACACACACACACACACACACACACACCUGACUAGCUAGGCCGAGACCAGCGCUAACACACACACACAAACACACACACACACACACACACACACACACACACACACACACACACACACACACACACACACACACACACACACACACACACACACACACACACACACACACACACACCUGACUAGCUAGGCCGGGACCAGCGCUAGCCCUCACACACACACACACACACACAGACGAACCUGACUAGCGCUGAGGGACCCUCCACAAGGCACUCUGAUGCCCUGCUAUCUGCUAUCACCACUCCCCUUUUCCUCUGUUGUUGUUCUUUUCUUUUGGUCUUCUGUUGCGGUGAGGCAGGUGGUGUGGUGUGGUGUGGUGUUUUGUUUUGAGAUGUGGGAUCAGAUGGGUUGAUGGGAAGGGAGUGUAAGUGUAGCCACCUUUUCAACCCCUUCUUAUCCUUCUUAUCCUCCUCCUCCUUCUCCUCCUACUCCUCCAACUCCUCCUCCUCCUCCACCCCCUUCUCCUCCUCCUCCCUCCCAGUCUUGCCCCCUAAAUCCCUCCUGCAUUUUCCCUGAGAAGUCCUUUCUCCUCUCCUUCUCCUUCUCCUCC